AUGACCAACUGGAUGGAGUUGGGAGAAGUCCCUGAUUCUGAAGAAGAAGAUGGUUUCGAGAGCCAGGAACUGCCCUCUUUGCCAGGGAUAAUACCGAUAAAUACCACCGAUACCGAACAAAACGACAGCCGAGAAGAGACGCUUGCGAACAAUCAAGAAGAAAAUCAGCAAAAUAACGAUAUCUGGGAUGUCCCCGACUCAUCACAAGAGCUUGUGCAACCAGCCCUUGUACCCAGCCCGCCAAGUCAGAAAGACGAAGCAACCACUAAGCCACCAGCAGCCAAUGUCCCAGUUCCUGAUGUGUGGGAUGUACCACCAUCUUCACCUCUCUCCUCGAUACAUUCUGAUGACGACAUCCCCGAAGUUGGCCACUUACAUCUUCGACCACCGACUGCACCCACCGAAUCUGGAAAUGUAGAUCAAAUUCAGCAAGAGCAUCAAGCCAGUGCAGAUGUGUUGGACAGCUAUGUUGAGAGGUCGUCGCCUCCGCCAGAGUUUACCAACAAUCGUGAUGCUACACGCCCUCCCUCAGUGCUUGUCGCCGGAGAUGAUGGAUUGGCACCGGUGCAAAGCCAGGACUUGGGCGUCGAUGAAUAUCAGACUGCUCAACAAGCAGCCGUCCCACAUGAGAGAUCCUUUCGAAAGCGGAAACCGAUUCAGGAACAUCCAUACAUGAUAGAGGCGUCACACUACUCUACCACGCUCAGAAACCAUGGUCUCAGGCCCAUCAAAGUUGUCACUGAGGAAGAAAAGAGACGCAGGUGGCAAACUGAGGAGGAAGCUUCGCAAGACAAGGAAUUCGAAGAAGAAAGUCAGGAAUCACACUUACCAGAUGUAUCCGACGAGAGCCAGCCGAGGGGCUUGGAAGACUUCCCGGAUGGAAUGGACACACUCGAUAUUCCGUCCCCUUCGCCACCGAAGACUUCGCCGAGGGUCGAUCGUGCAGGGCCAAGUAGCCAGGCAAGCUCAUCAGGAGACACUGAAAGCACAAGUAUAGCUGGCGAUGACCUUCCUGAAUUGAAAGACUUCAAAAUACGACCACCAACAACUGCAACGAAGCAAACAACCAAACGUAAACCUUCGCCGUCUCGAUCUUCUGCACGGAAACGCAAGAAAUAUGACGUUGUCCAUAGCGACCCACUGGAGCCCGCCUGGGCAUUGAAAUUGAGGCCUUUCACCACGGAUUCGCCUGCCGCACAACGAAGCUCACGAAUGAACGGAGAUGAUUCCUUGCCUACUGCAGAUGGCUCCCAUCAAGGGGUGGCACCUCUAUUCCCAGUAUCUAACGGACAGGCUCAAUCAUUUGUCAGGUUGACACAACGCCCAACUAUUAGGAGGCUAAGCGAUUCUGAGGAUGAGCUUGCUGGGUCAACGACUACUUUGCAACCGAAUGACGAAGACGCUGCAGCUCAAUCGGAUUCGGAUUCCGGCUCUGAGAGCGGAUCCGAGAUAGUGACCACAGUUGGACGUCGGAUAAGAGGAGUGCUUCCUGCCUCGUGGUUGCGGUUGGAUCAGCAAGCUGGCCACAAGAAAACUUCAAAAGACGUUCACAAGAAGCCUGCUGCGUUUUUACCCGAACAAGAAAUAAGGCGGGGUGUUGCACAAAGACGCAUUGCCACACCGAAUAAUCCCACAGCCCUGGAAACAUUCUCUGAGGAAUCCGAUGACGAUGGCGACUCUGCACCUGCCCCUGACAGGCAGGAAACAACAGACGAAACCUUUCAUAACCAAACUCGUCUUUUAAUUAGAGAUGACUCACCUAUACUUAUCCCAGAGGACCUUUCUGACGAUGACGGGUCCGUGAUUGAGGACAACGCUGUUGAUCAUAUGGUUUCUGGAAGGAAGCGUCAACUGAAGCUCUCAGAGUCUUUCCAAGGUACUGCAAAACGACACAAGAACUCCAGUACACAACGUACGCCUUCAGCUUCGAAAGGGCCCCAUCAGCCUAGAAUUACGAGUAUGCUUUCUGGAUCUCGUGGCAACUCUGCACCAGCAGCCGUUAGGAAGAGCCGGCAGCCAGCAGCGAAACGGAAACCCCACGGAAGAAAACGGUCGUCAAAAAGUGCUCGAAAACGAUAUGCACCUCCUCGUCUCAGUAUCCUUGAUGUUGUUGAACCGGAUGCGCCUCGCUUCUUGAAGAUUGCAGCUCGCUCUGCGACACGACGGCAAGAUAUGGGAAGAAGCAGCUCAAGCAGAAAGUUCAUCAAGCUUGCCACUAGAGAUGAUCACAUCGACGCCGUAUCUGUCUUGGACAACUGGAAAUCCGGGUCGAUUCCUCAACGCCAGUCUGUCACCACCGCCCUGAAAGUCAAAAAAUCUAGACCGAAGCCCAGAGGCCCUGAGCAACCGCUACGUGAAACUUCUGGGAAUGGGUCGCCUGCCCCACGACAUGCAAAUAUGCACCUUGGCGUACCACGUCGUUUGGUGAAACAAGUUAGCCAGGCCGGGUCUGUACGGUAUCAGGCGGACAACAAUGCUGGAGAAUCUCAAACUAUGCGAAAGCCUCGCUCGACUACGUUGACCCGAUCUGGCUCAGGAUUUGCACGGCCAGCCCAGUUGGAAACCGACGAGACGGAUCAAACCACCCGCCUUUCUUUCAAUGCAACCAAGAGAAGACUAGAUCGCCUGUUCCGAAAACAGCGUGGUGAUCUUUCUGCUUCAAGUAUCAUGACCUUCGACAACGCACCUGAUACAUUUUACCCUGCCAGUCCACCCCCAGAAGAGAACCCGGUUCCUCUCCGGGUUGUCGAGAAACCCUCUGUGAAUCAAAACAAGUCACGAUUUCGGAAGAAGACGAGACCUCAAUGUAUCGACGUUGAGGCACCACAGUUCAGUCGUGCUGACGAUCCGAUCCCCCCAAUGCUGAUGGAAGUUCCUGAGCCUAUACAAUCUGUUGAGGCAAGUGGAGGGAAAAUGCAGGGUCUGGGGCCAUAUGGCACCCAUUACACCCACCAUUUCGAGAUUUUCCCUCUGGAUUCCCAUGCUUACUUUCACGAGUCAACUCUGAUCGGUAGUGGUGCCCUCGAAUUAGCAACACGUGAUAUCACCUGCCAACAUUUACUUAAAGCUCGACCACGAAUAUCAUUCAACUUUGGCGAUCAAGUACUCAGGUGGGGUCCCUGGGAUGCCCAAGUAUCAUCUGAGCUGGGCGUUCUCCUUGAUUCUACAGCGGACCAGCUGGAGCGUAUCCCGAUAGAUGAAGAAGUUCCUGACUCCAAAUUCGCCACAAGUGCUGCCAGGUUCAUUAUGAAAUUCGCGCUGGAUUCUCUGAGUUUUGCAGACCACACACAGGUCAAGACAUUUGUAUGCAGGGUGCUUGAAGCACUCCAAGGAUUCAACAGUCGGAUAGGGGCUCUUUUGCGACAACAGGAUGACACCGCACAACCUCGCUACUCUCUUGUUGCAAGUGUCUAUGAUCAUCUGCUUCUAGCUACACUAUUUGUCCAAAGAAUUUGCCAGGGCGAAGCAUCCUUGGUGAGCGAACAAUUUCAAAUAGAGGAUUUGCUCAAGGGGUUGUCUAGGACUGCCGUUACCUCACUUAUGAUGACUGGCAUACAUCAUAUUACAAAGACAUAUGAGGACCUAAGAAGUCCUCGCAUGAGAGAACGUGGUCUGAGGAACAACAUGCCCGUCAUUCAUUCGUGGGUGAUCAACAUGAAGGUCCUAGAGCAUGCCCACAUUCCUCGAGCAUCAUUCUGGGAUACUCUUUAUGCAGUCAUAGACACACCUGAGGCGUCGACAAGUAUUGAUGCAAGUAUCCAUGAGCGCUUGUGGAGAAACAUGUUCACCCUUUUGCCGCUUACUGAAUUCAACGACGAAGGAAUUGUUGUUACGGGCAGAAGGUAUGAUGACAUGGUUGUUGAUGGGUGGUCACUGCCGCAGAAGUUACUCAAGAAGGUUUUCCAGAUUUACCAGGAAAACUCACGACAAUCAUCAAGUUUCAGUAACUAUUGCCGUGCGUUGGUUGGUCGCUGUCACUAUCUUGUACAGCAAUGGGGGUGGCGCAAGUGUGUGCCAGUGAUCGGUGUUAUCUUCGAUUUUUUUGGCUCUCAGAAUCUUGCUCACUUCCGCAACGAAGAAGUAUAUACUUCGCCAAAAUUCCUGGACGAACUUGCUGGCAGCCCAUCAUUGUCUAUUGACAAAGCCGACAACUGCUUCCACAUUUUUCUUAAGCUCAUCGCCUUGAGCAUCAGGAAGUUCAGUGACACGAAAGAUAUCCGAAACCUGAUUGCCCGCACGAUGCCAAACCACAACCGCCAACUUCUCAAAGAGCAGGUGAUCCAGGAACGCGACUUGGCUGCCCUACGAAACCACCAUGACCUCCUUUGUACUUUGUUUUGGGCGUCGCCAGCAGAACUUCGCCCGGGUGCCCAUUUGAUCGAGAGACUCGUCGCCCCGGCAAGCUCUCAUAAAGAGGCGUGCUUGAUCAAUUUGCGAGCCUGGAGCCAGCUGGCUAGGUUUGUUAUCUCAGCCGGAGAAGCUACUACGGCGUUCAAACCAUUUAGUCAAUGGCGCAACAACUUCUUUCAAUCCAUGAUGGAUCAGUUUGAUUCGGUCCAAAGCGACAUGCAGCAGCAAGUAUUAGCGAUGUCCAAAGAUGGUACCAGCACCGUCGACCCAGGCUUAAUAGACGCUAUGGUGGCAAUGAAUAGACGAGCUGUGAUGGACGUGUUGUACAUGUCCGUGACUAUGUCGCUGGAUGUCAUGAAACACGCACCCAAUCUGGAAGCCGCCACGUUUGCUUUGAACACACAACAGCUACAGCAGGUUUUCCGCCGAUUUACUGCAUACCCUUCAGAGUUUGACUGGUCUAUCCUCCGAGCGUCCCUAUCCACUCUGGAUGCCUUUCUCUCCCGUGUUGACGCUUUUAAGGAUGAUGAAGGGAGUCAGGAAAGCGAGAGUCAAAUUCUGGAUUCUGCUCAGGCGGACGAUGCCCUCCUGGUCAUUGAUCAUGAUCUUUCGAAGGUUUACUUCUCUAUGGCAAGAUGUCUCCUCUCUUCGCAAGGAAAAAAGGAUGACCCUUCGAAAAUUGCUGAUAUGUCCAAUUGCACCGAGCAGGUCAUUAUAUUAACCGCUCGACUCGCAGUCAGGUUUAUUAAUGGCGGCUUACUACGGCUGGCCGACAUGUUCAGGCGCGGUAAAUAUGGUCUUUUCGAGGACGUUCCCGCUAAGUGUAGUCUUGAUCAGCGGAGACAUUUAACCUUGUUCUUGACAACACUCCUCAAACACAAUCUCGAUGACUUUAAAGAGGCCGGGUUCUCUCUCUCUGAAGCUUGGGCUUUGUCCAUCGUCAAACCACGACCAUAUCUGUCAUAUGAGAACCAGUUCGCAGAGCAAUUAUGGAAGCAUCAGAAAGGGUUUGUUCCCGAAGCAGUUAUGGGGCUCUCUAUCAACCCAGACUACAACUCAAAUCGUGAUUUGUUUGAGUUCAUCAUAUCGUGGAUGCGAAAGUCAGUACGAGAUGCUGGACCAGCGCUCAAAAAACAAAUCACGCCUGAGCAUUCGAAGACAUUGAAGCUGGUGAUGGAGCAGAUGCAGUCAGAUCUGCACACGAUGUGUCACGAUCCUGCUGAACACCCUGGCUAUGUGGCUUUUGUUCGGGAUGUCAUUGCGCUCAUCCGAGCCCACGGCUCCGAUAUUUGCAAGAUUGACAAGUACUUCUAUCAGAUUAGCAGGGAGUACUCGCCGUCCAUCCAAGACCCUCAAUUACAGGUGGCUGCCAUGAGGUCUUAUGGAAUAAAAUUGAGCGAAGGUGACAACGGUGUUGUUCAUCAAGUAUUUUAUUUUCUCUGCAACAACUUCAAGCUAUCGCUGAAGGAGAACAAGCUUGGCGACGAAGUCCAGGUGUUGUAUAGAGGAAUGGCAAACCAGAACAUACUCUCAUUCAUCCUCAGUAAGAUGCUGCCAGCUAUCGUACGUGCAGCUGGGGUUGAAAGCUACGCAUUCGCGAUGAUUGAGGUUUAUGCAGAAGCUGUACGCAUGUUUAUGGCCGAUGGCGUGAGCCAUCGGGAAUGGACAGAAAGCGAUUUGCAGAAUUUACUUGUGCUAUUCCGUGCUGUCAUUAGCGUUUUGGAACGACUUGGCCAGACCGAUGGACCUCUUCAGCCAGAGCAUGUCCAUCUGAUUACACAAGUCAUAUAUUUGUCAAACAACCUGUGGCCAUCUCUCUAUGGCUCAUCUCUUUUACCAAUAAACCAUCGCUGUUGGACGGAUGUUGUCCAUAUUCUGAGGUCCAUGCGGGCCGGACUUGAUGGAGCUGAACGGUGUGUUGCUGACAUGGUUGAUGUUGAGGACUAUUCCCUGAGAGCCGAAAUUCUUCUGUCGAGCUUCCGAAGACCAGGAGCAGCGACUCCUCCGAUUGAAAAGGACGUUAAAACUUUCAUGAGCAACAUUGUCGACGACAUACGCAAACUUUGGGUUACCACUGGACCCAAUAUCACGAUUGAGGCUCCUCGAAGAGUACCCGAGUUCACACAGACACAGCCCAACCAAGGAACGCCUGCACCUGUGUGGGAGCCAGAAUUGCUUGUGAAGAAGCUGUAUGACGAAUUGAGGAUUUGGAAUGAGUGGUGGAUUAAGGCAUUUGAUAAGAGACGCACGCCUAUGAAAAUGCAUAUACCUGUUUUGUUUUAA